AUGCUGGGCCGUGGCGUAGCCGUUUCACCGGUGGUAACCGUCGAACCACGGCGCCGCAAAUUCCACAAGGCCAUCACGCUCAGCAUGCCGGCACCGCGGGCCCACAGCCAGGGCAUGAUCAACCAGUACUCGGGCAAUGCACCGACCCUGCGACUUCUGUGCUCCAUCACCGGUGGUACAACUCGUGCACAGUGGGAAGACGUUACCGGUUCCACACCGCUGACCUUCGUCAACGACUGCGUUUCAUUCACCACCACAGUUUCCGCGCGCUUCUGGCUUAUGGACUGCCGAAACAUAGCCGACGCUACCAAGAUGGCGACCGAACUGUACAAAGAAGCCAUACACGUUCCGUUUAUGGCCAAAUUUGUCGUUUUCGCCAAACGCACCGACCCACUGGAGGCGCGGCUCCGCGUCUUCUGCAUGACAGACGAUCGCGAAGACAAGACCCUAGAGCAUCAGGAGCACUUCACCGAAGUCGCCAAGAGUCGCGACGUUGAAGUACUGGAAGAUAAACCACAAUACAUCGAGCUGGCCGGCAAUCUGGUACCGAUCACCAAGUCCGGCGAACAGCUCUGCCUGGCGUUCAAGGCAUUCCGCGAAAACCGGCUACCCUUCGCGGUUCGCGUGAAAGACCAACACGCCGACAUAGUCGGUCGAACACUGUUCAUGCGUGAACCGAAGAUUGCGAAAGGAGAACCACCUCAGCAACCGAUCUGUAUCCUGAACAUCGUACUGCCAGAGACGAUCAUCCCCGACCACACGACUACGAUAGAAGACUCACAGGAAAUUUUAGUCCGCAUUGGACGGGGCACCCGCGCUUCACCUCGCGAUCAGAACUACCUUGGUGAACUGCGAGUUGUCGACAUCUCAAAUCUCCUCGGCGAAGACUGGGUCAAACUGGCUCCGGAAAUCGGGAUCAGUGAAACCGACGUCGAGAACAUUAUCGCUCAAAACCCGACUAGCAGUGCCCAGCAGGCGCAAGCCAUGCUCAAACAGUUCCAAUCCAAAGCCAAGAACGACUUCAACAUCCUGGAAAAUGGUCUACGAACGAUCCAUCGGGAUGACAUCGUCGAACGGUGUUUACGAAGCUCCACAACUACCACAACCGUAACGAUGCGAAACAAAACUGCCUUCUCGAUCAGCAAACGAAGUCACGACGUUGAUAUCAUCGCCGAGUCCGAAUCCAUAGCAAAGUUGGUACAAAAAGAAGAUAACCAAUACGCCAAGGAGGAAUCCAGCAAGUACUCGGUCGAAGAGAAGCGCGUCGAGGAUUCGGAGGAAUCCGAAGAGGAAACCAUCAAGAAGACAGUGGCCGAACGACGAAAACAGAUCGAAAAGCGUCUAUCUGCCGACCGGUCCAUCCCAGCAUCGACGCAGAAGAGGGAAAUCGUCGAAGAGAUCAUCACCAUCAAGCGAUCGAGCGUAAUCGACGAUACCCGUGCGAAGCACGAAGAGGAAAUCCUAAUGCAGAAACCUAUAGAUAACUCGUACAAAUCUACGGUAAUACCGGAACCCGUAGUCAAGCUGAAAACCACCCACUUGAAGGACGGAUCCAGUGUGCCGAAGGACGAAUUCGACAAGGAACUGCAAGACAAAUUCAAAUUAACCCUGAAGAAUGUCGAUGAAUUCGAGCACAAGUCGCAGGUCUUAGAGACUACGGAGAAGGUAGACACCUCUGCAAAGAUAGUGGAUGAAAUCGCCAAGAAAGACGCACCAGAAUUCAAACCCAAGGUGGACGAACCGAAACCAAAAGAUAUCAAAAAGAAACCCGAUGAUGAUGACGGAGACGACGAGGGGAAGCCACCUGUUCCUAAGGAACGGAUUCCUGUACCAACUAAACGAACAAGCAUAUCCCUAGAGGACGAUACGCCGGGAGCCGGCGUGGUCAGCGAAUCCCUCAAGAACGUACAGGAUAAGAUUUCCUCGUUUGAAACCAAGUCCUCUGACUCGAGUAAGCGUACUUCUUGGGCCAAGGAGUCCUCGAUGGGUUCAAAACAGUGGUCCGAAGAGCAGGAGAUUCUCGUCCAGAAAGCACAGCUGGAAGCUACCGAAGUCAAGUGGACAGAGGAAGAUGAGAUACGAGCUCAACAGAAGGAGUUUGACCAAAUCGCUGAAGAACAAUCGAUUCUACAACAACUAAAAUCAAAGAAGGAACAGUGGUCCGAGGAGCAGGAGAUUCUCGCCCAGAAAGCACAGCUUGAAGCUGCUGAAGUCAAGUGGACUGAGGAAGAUGAAAUGCGAGCUCAACAGAAGGAGCUUGAGCAGAUUGCUGAUGAACAAUCGAAGCUACUCCAAAAACAACUAAAAUCAAAGAAGGAACAGUGGUCCGAGGAGCAGGAAAUUCUCGCCCAGAAAGCGCAGCUGGAAGCAACCAAAGUCAGUCAUGUUAAGUCGACUGAGAAAGAUGAGAUUCGGACUCUACAGCAGGAGUUCGAGCAAAUCACCGAAGAACAAUCAAAGCAACAACCGAAGAUCGACGUAGAGAUCAAGCCGAAGGAAGCCAAAGAGGAGAUUCUGGGCCAAAAGGCGCAGCUGGAACAGAUGGAACAUGCAGUCGAAGUCAAACUUGGCAAGUGGGCACAAGAGGAGAUACAUGAGAUGGAAGCCUAUAAGCAGGAAAUCGAGCAUAUUGCCGAAGAACAAAUUAAGCAUCAGAAGGAGCUGAUCGAUGAAAAAUUCGAAAAAAUGGAAGAGGAAUUCUUGACCAAGGUAGCCGAGGAGAAGAAGGAACUUUUCGAUCAGUUCGAGCAGAAAGUGCACGCUCAAGAGCAUGCGUUGGCACUUGGAUUCCAAGACAUGAAGGGUGAGGGACAAACUAAAAUGGAUAAAAGGGAACAGCAGUUCCAGCAAACGAAAUCCGAGGUAUUCAGCAAGGUUGAAGAGAAGGUCACUAGCGUGACAUCGAAGGCGGAAUCAUUUGCAGAGAGCUUCAAAAGUGACGCCAAGAAAAUCCAAGGUCUAGGAGAUGGUUUUCGACAGGAAGUGCAAGAGUUUACAGCGCAAAGUUCCGAGACCAAGACAUUCGUUGAUCAGAAAGUCGAUAGGACAGUGAAGGAGAUUCGCGACUCCGAAAUAGUGUCUGAAGUGAAGGAGUCUACCCAACAGAGUAAGGAAGCUAUCGAUAGGGCAGCAGAAGCAGUGGCAAAGGAAACUGUGACCAGUUCAAAACAUGUAGAGCCCACUGUUCAGGAGGCGUUCACCAAGGAAAGCUUCGCAAGUGUUCGUGAAGAGGUCAUCAGUAAGGAUUUGACCGGUACGCUGAAGGAAAGUGCGGAAAAGACGAAAUUUGAAGUCGAAACGGGAAUUCGCCAGGGCGACGAACUUAUAGCGGAAAGAGUUUCCGAAAUUGGUGAAGAGUUCCGGCGAACGGAGGAAACUGCCGCAAUUAAACCAGAUGAAAAGCCAUCGAUUGUGGAAACUGUCAAGAAGACAGUUACGCAAGAAGUAACUUCUAAGAUUCCGGUGUUGUCUAAGCGUACAUCUCCGGAAGAGCCACCGAAGCCAAAGGAAGAACCGAAACAGGAGAAGCAUGAAGAACCAGCCAUGGAAAGCAUUAUCGAAGCUGCCCAGACCGUUGUGAAGCAUGUGGAAGCAGCGGUUUCGAAGAUUCCGCGAUUCCACGAAAGUGCGAAGCCUGCUGCACAUAAACCGGAAACAUCCGAUGUCAAAUCACCGGAGCCGGAAGUGACUUUCUCGAAGAUACCCAUUUUGAGGGACCGUAAGAGCUCGGAGCAGUUCUCAAGUGAUUCUUGUGAGACAGUAAUCAUGCAAAAGACCCUACGCGAACAGGAUUCUCUGCUGAAAUCGGACAGUGACGAAAAACCGACGGAAGGACUGCCGGCCACAGUUUUUGAGGAGUGCGAAGAGAUCACCACUAAAGAAGUCAAGGAAGUACUGAGCUUUACGACAAUGGAUGAAUCGGUGCUGAACGAACUGAUCACCGAAGAUGAACGUGCCGUUACGCCGGAUGAUUUCAUCGACGAAAUCAUCGAGGAGGCCCAGGACAAGGUGCAGCUGAUGCAGGACACUGAAAUAGCUGCCUAUACGUUGGAUUUGAGCAAAUCCGAAGACGAUGUUCAACAAAAAUCUCCUCAUCCGAUUCCGGAGUACGUAACGGAACGGUACGACCAUGAAGAUGAAUAUGAUGAUCACGACGAGCACGAAAAAUGGCAAGCAUCCAACUCAUUCCAAACCACUAUCAUCCGAUAUUUGUUCCUUACGAUACUGUAA